AGAAACGGAUACCUUCCUUUAUGUGUUCCUUCUCUCUGUCGUGUGUUCUGGGGCAAACUCGUUCCCUAGUUGAUCCACCGGCGAUCCGCCAUCAGCCGCCGCCCGGGUUCCGUUUCCUUGCCUCCGCCUCCCCGAUCCAUUACCGAUAUUCUCUCUUUUCUUUCCGAAUUCAUGGGUUUGCAUCAGAGAGUUCAGGAAGAUUAUGAUGAAGAAGAAUAUGAUGAGUAUGAGGAGGAGGGUUCUGAACCAGAAGAAGAACAUGAACCAGAAGCUCCAAAGAUGACCAUGGAGGAACAAGAAUUUCUUAAAUUAAGGGAGCAACUAAAAGAGAAGUUCAGCCUGAAGAUGAAGAAACAAAGUGCUAAUGCCUUCAGUCACUUAUUUCAAUCCCAGGACACGAAGAGGACAGUAGCAAGUAACGAAUUUGGCUCCUUUUUUGGCCCAUCUCAGCCUGUUAUUGCUUCAAGAGUUAUUGAAGAGAACCGUUCGAUUCGGGAAACCAAACAUAUUGUUUCUAAGGUUUCAAGUUCUUCUGGUAACAAAAGAGAUCCGACAUCUUCAGAAACAAAGACAUAUAUGCAUCGCCAGAAACCAACAGUUGUUAAUGAGGUAAAAAAGAAAGCACGGACUCUUAAAGAUAUGCAGGACUAUUCCUUUCUACUGUCAGAUGAUGCUGAUCUUCCUGCUUCUGAAGGGAAGAAGCCUCCUCCACCCAGAAAUGUUUCUGUUUCAAAGUCUGAUGGUCAGUCAGCCCAGACACCAUCAAGCAGGAUACCUAUGAAACCUGUGAGGCCAGCCUCUAAUGGCAGUGAAUUGAAGAAAGCUUCCACCAAUCAGCAUAUGCGGAUCAAAGUGGGCUCUGUGAAGGAAGCUCCUGUGAGCAGAAUCAGGCCGGCUUCAACUGAAUCUAGAAAAGUACUUGGUGCUGGUGCUGGAAAUGGAUCCGCCAAGACUACAAGGGUUAUAAGUACAGGAAAUAAAGCCUUACCCUCCAAGAUUCCUGCUCAAAAUAUGGGCACAAAUAGACCUCCUAUGAAGGCUACGAGUGAUCCAAGUUUGAAGAACCUGUCUUCUACACGAGUGCAAUCUUCUGCCCAAAAUCAUCAUCUUGGUCAGAAAAAAGUGUCCCAAGGACCAGAUAACCAAAUAACAGUACCCAAACAGCCAUUGCCUUCCUCGAAAAUUCAGCUUUCGAAGCAAAUCCUUUCACAUGGCAUCCAUGAUGACCGUUCAAAGAGAAGGCCUGCAAAAAGAGACUUAGAUGAAGAGGAAGAUAUAGAUGAUGUUCGGGGGCUUAUUAGAAAAAUGUUCAGGUAUGAUCCUAGCAAAUAUGCUGGGAAUGAUGAGGACGACAGUGACAUGGAGGUCGGUUUUGAUCGCAUCCAGAAGGAAGAAUGGAUGAGUUCCAAGAUUGCUAGAAGGGAGGAUGAAGAGCAGCUUCGCCUCAUUGAGCAAGAAGAGAGAGAAGAGAGACGGAGGAAGAUGAUGAGAAAAAAACAAAGGUUACGCGAGCAGUAGUGCAGAGUGUGACAAUAUUUUAUGGGGUGGUUCAUUGCUCAAGUCCGUCAUUUAGUUGUUGUAAAAGCAAUGAGACAUCAAAGAUGGAAUAGCUUUAUUUGGGUUUAUAAAUAUAUUCGAUCACGAGAAGAUCGUUCAAUUU